AUGGCUUUUGUACAACCUGGUCCACAAGCUUUGUCCCCAUUCAGGGUGGAGAACUUGAUCCAGGAUAUCAACAAUGUUACCGGCAGCAACUCUAUCAAAGUGGUGCGUUCUUGCUAUAUCCACUAUGCUCAAGUCCUGACUGAAUUGAGCGCGGAACAGAAGAAUGUCUUGGAAGUACUGUUGACUUACGAUUCUCCCUUGGAUACCCAGAACGACGAGUACUCCAAGCAGCUAUUCGACGCUAUAAAGGAGGACAAAGUUGGCAGUGACCUCGGAGACGACACUUACCUGAUCAGAAUCUUGCCAAGAGCUGGUACUGUCUCUCCAUGGGCUUCCAAAGCCACUAACAUUGCGGCUGUUUGUGGUCUAGAUCACAGCAUCAAGAAGAUAGAAAGAGGUGUAGCUCUGCUAAUCAAAGUUAUACCUGGUUUCCCAAUCGCUGACCACUUAAACGAACUAUCCCUAAAGUCUGUCUUCGACAGAAUGACCCAGACGUUGUACAUCAACGAGAUUCCUCCUAUGAGCGCUCUGUUCCAUUUUGAGUUGCCAAAGGACAUUACUACGUUCCCAUUGGUAUCCGAUGAAGCUACAGGCUCUCCAAAGGAACUUUUACAAAAGACUAAUAAAGAUCUAGGCUUGGCCCUUGAUGCAGGCGAAAUUGACUACUUAGUACACGUUUUCGUUGAAGUGCUAAAGAGAGACCCAACAGAUGUUGAAUUGUUCAUGUUUGCUCAAGUCAACUCAGAACAUUGUCGUCACAAGAUUUUCAAUGCUGACUGGACCAUUGAUGGUUUAAAGAAGGAUCUAUCAUUGUUUCAGAUGAUCAGAAACACUCACAAGACUACCCCAGACUACAUCAUCAGCGCAUACUCCGACAACGCUGCUGUUGUGGACACAGAAAACCAAGGUUUCUUCUUUGCCCCAGACUCUACAACCAAAGAAUGGAAGGCUACGAAGGAAACUAUUCCUAUGCUAAUCAAAGUCGAGACACACAACCACCCAACUGCCGUAUCACCUUUCCCAGGUGCUGCUACUGGUUCUGGUGGUGAAAUCAGAGACGAAGGUGCCACUGGUAGAGGUUCUAAGACCAAAUGUGGUUUGAGUGGUUUCUCUGUCAGUGAUUUACUAAUUCCAGGCCAUAAGCAACCAUGGGAGUUGGAUAUUGGAAAACCAUCUCACAUUGCAUCUUCUCUUGAUAUAAUGAUCGAAGCUCCUUUGGGUUCUGCUGCAUUCAACAAUGAAUUCGGUAGACCAUGUAUCAACGGUUAUUUCAGAACUCUAACAACAAAGGUUAAGAACACCCAAAAUAAAGAAGAAAUCAGAGGUUUCCAUAAGCCAAUCAUGAUUGCUGGUGGUCUAGGUACGGUAAGACCAAAAUUUGCGCUAAAGAACAAGCCAAUUACCGCCGGAUCUCCAAUCAUUGUGUUAGGUGGUGAAUCUAUGCUAAUCGGUCUUGGUGGUGGUGCGGCUUCAUCAGUUGCCUCUGGUGAAGGUUCUGCCGAACUAGACUUUGCAUCUGUUCAAAGAGGUAACCCUGAGAUGGAGCGUCGUUGUCAACAGGUUAUUGAUGCAUGUGUUUCCCUAGGGGAUGCUAACCCAAUCCAAUCUAUUCACGAUGUCGGUGCAGGUGGUUUAUCGAAUGCUCUACCAGAAUUAGUUCACGAUAGUGGUCUAGGUGCUAAAUUUGAUGUUAGAAGAGUUUUAACAUUAGAACCGGGCAUGUCUCCAAUGGAAAUUUGGUGUAACGAGUCUCAAGAAAGAUAUGUCCUUGGAUGUAGUCAAAAAGAUCUUCCAAUCUUCGAAGAAAUUUGUAAGAGAGAAAGGGCUCCUUACGCUGUUGUUGGUUUUGCUACUUCUGAAAACCGUCUAUUAGUUGAGGAUUCCUUUUUGGAAACGACACCAAUUAAUCUAGAUAUGUCAAUUCUAUUCGGAAAACCUCCAAAGAUGUCAAGAGAAGCUAAAACUGAGCCAUUGAAGCUACCAACUGCUGAUCUUAAGGUGAUCCCAUCCUUGGAUGAAGCAGUUAAGAGAGUUUUAAACCUUCCAUCUGUCGCUUCUAAAUCUUUCUUGAUCACUAUCGGUGAUAGAUCAGUGACCGGUUUAAUCGACAGAGACCAAUUUGUGGGACCAUGGCAAGUUCCAGUAGCUGAUGUAGGUGUCACAAACACAUCUCUUGGUGACUCUAUUUGUAAGACAGGUGAGGCUUUGGCUAUGGGUGAAAGACCUGUCAACGCACUAAUCUCUGCUGCUGCUUCAGCUAAAUUAUCUGUUGCCGAAUCAUUGCUGAACUUAUUUGCAGCCGAUGUCAAAUCAUUAAAACAUGUAAAACUUUCAGCUAAUUGGAUGUCUCCUGCUUCUCAUCAAGGUGAAGGAUCAAAGCUUUAUGAGGCUGUUCAAGCAAUUGGUUUAGACCUAUGCCCAGAAUUGGGCGUUUCUAUUCCUGUAGGUAAAGACUCCAUGUCAAUGAAGAUGAAAUGGGAUGACAAGGAAGUAACUGCUCCUCUUUCUCUAAACAUCACUGCUUUCUCCCCAGUGUCUGAUACUUCUAAGACAUGGACUCCAUUAUUGAAGAAGGACUCUGACUCAGUUUUGGUAUUAGUUGACUUGGCCGCAAAGAAAGAAAAAUCAUUGGGUGGCAGUGCUCUACUACAAGUUUUUAACCAAGUUGGUGACUCAUCACCAACUGUCCAUGACAACAGAACCCUAAGAGGUCUUCUAGAAGCUAUCAUAGAACUGCAUAACAGUGAUAUUGUUCAAGCCUACCAUGAUGUCUCUGAUGGUGGUUUACUGGUCACCCUUCUUGAAAUGGCAUUUGCUUCCAGAUGUGGUCUGAAUGUCAAGAUUCCAGUUCAAGAUGAUGCUGUAUUCAAGUCAUUAUUUAGUGAGGAAUUAGGAGCUGUCUUCCAAAUCUCAGCCUCCAAGCUUGAAACCUUCCAACAAAUACUGUCCAAACACAAUGUGACCGACGAGUACAUUGAAAUUGUUGGUUCCCCUGACUUCAAUUCUCAACAAAUCAAGAUUGCUGAUGCCAAUGACAGUGUUAUUUUCGAAGACACCAGAGGUAAGCUACAACAAGUAUGGAGUAGCACUUCUUACCAAAUGCAAAGGCUAAGAGAUAAUCCAAAGUACGCCGAUGAAGAAUUUGCCAAUAUACUAGAUGACAAGGACCCAGGUCUACACUAUACAUUAACUUUUGACCCAAGUGAUGAUCUUGAAAUCCCAAAGACUUUGAAUACUAUUAGACCUAAGGUUGCUAUUUUGAGAGAACAAGGUGUCAAUGGUCAGAUGGAAAUGGCAUGGUGCUUCCAACAAGCUGGUUUCAACUCAGUUGAUGUUACCAUGACCGAUUUAAUCGAUGGCAGGGUCCAUUUAGAUGACUUUGUUGGUCUUGCUGCUUGCGGUGGGUUCUCCUAUGGUGAUGUCUUAGGUGCUGGUGCUGGUUGGGCCAAGUCUGUGUUAUAUCACGAGGGUGUCCGCCAACAGUUUGUUAAGUUUUUCCAAGAGAGAGAAGAUACUUUUGCCUUUGGUGCUUGUAAUGGUUGUCAAUUUUUGACCAGAUUGAAGGAUUUAAUCCCCGGUUGCGAGAACUGGCCAACCAUGGAGAGAAACUUCAGCGAACAAUACGAGGCUCGUGUCUGUAUGGUUGAGAUCACUGAUGAGACCGGCAACGAGAAGAGCGUCUUCCUAAACGGUAUGGGCGGUUCUAAGUUCCCAAUUGCAGUUGCUCAUGGUGAAGGUAGAGCCAAGUUUGCCAACGAUGGUGCUUUGCAAAAAUUCGAAUCUGGCGACCUUGGAUCUAUCAGAUAUGUUGACAAUUAUGGCAAUGUCACCCAGAGGUUCCCAUACAACCCUAACGGUUCGGUGAACGGUAUUGCUGGUAUCAGAUCGCCAAACGGCAGAGUGUUGGCUAUGAUGCCUCACCCUGAGAGAGUUUGCAGAUUGGAGGCCAACUCGUGGUACCCAGAGGGCAAGUUUGGCGAGUGGAAGGGUUAUGGUCCAUGGAUCAGACUGUUCAGAAACGCCAGAAAAUGGGUCGGUUAA